AUGGAUUUUGACGAAAGGGUCCCCGUCGGAUCGAACAUGUAUUUGCCCAGUUGCACUUAUUACGUCUCGGCGGGGGCUGAUUUCUCCGGUCUUCCCUCUUUUUUGUCCCAGACACCGUCCACCCGCCCCGUGACAUACUCCUACUCCUCUAACCUGCCGCAGGUCCAGCCCGUCAGAGAGGUGACGUUCAGGGACUAUGCAGCCAUUGACGCGUCCGGUAAAUGGCCACACCGGGGGAACUUACCCCACGGUUACCCCAGCGCGGAGGACAUGGUGCACCGGGACUGUCUGUCGGCGCAAACCGCUGUAGUAGGGGACAUGUUCGGUAAAAACAGCCCCGCAGCAGCCGCCGCCGCUUACCAUCACCACCACCACCACCACCACACGAGCGCCGGCUCCGCUGCCUCCAAUUUCUACGGGAACGUGGGCAGAAACGGCGUGCUGCCUCAAGCCUUUGACCAGUUUUAUGAGACGGCGUAUGGGAACGCGUCGGAGAGCUCCUCCACAAACGGUUUCUCGGGGGAAAAAACCCCGACCAAGCAGCCGAGCUCUGCGGCGGAGGACGCAGCGUCAUGCAGGGACUCAGAGGCGAAGGAGCCGCGGGAGGAGACGAGCAGCCCGGAGUUAUCUUCCGGCAACAAUGAGGAGAAAUCCAGCAGCAGCAGUACGUAUUAAAGUCAGCGCCUUGGUUAUGAGAGAAAGUUUGCAAUCUUGCGCGCUGCUGUUAAAAAUUUUAUAUGCUGUUUUAUAAGCAUAUAAGGUUUAUAGAGGGCCUGUAGACCCCCCACCCCCCAACAAAACUUUGUUAUAAACUGCAGGAUCACGUGUUUGGAAAUGAAAUUGGCCGUGAAAGACAUCAGCCCUGUGAAUUUUCUAUAACACCCUCUGACAUUUUCCCAAAAAGCACCCAGUUAUGAAUGUGAAUUCCUACACAGACCUGCGUUGGGUCCAUGUAUUAUAAACCUGCUUGUUUCACGGUUUCUUAGCGUUAAAAGAGCACUUGCAUGUAAUGAGGGUAGCGCCUCUGGUUUAAGGUUUAGCACACAUGGGCUCUUGUGUUAAAGCAAUCAAGGACUUCGUUCCUAUUUGUAAAAUCCCCCCUUUAAGUUCUCCAUAGAUCCAAUAUUUGUAGAUAUAUUUUCUAAUAUUUAUAGCAGCGUCGUUUCCUGAAGCCUAAAGCUACCUUUGUUUGAAGGUGGGCUUUUGUUUUCAUUUGCUUCAAAAGGUCAUAGCCCAAGUCUACUGUCUAGUGAACCAGCAGCUAAUAUCUCUCUAUUGAAACAUAAUAUUUUCAAUCCUUGAAAUGGAAAAUAUGUCUUUUAUAACUUGGCAAAAAUAGGAAAUACGCUCAUGCGUAAUCUUGAAAACAUCCAGUUUUAUAACAAAGUCACAGCUGAUUUUAAAUGUUCUAACCAUGACCGCUGUUUUAUAAACAUUUCUGUGCUUUCCAGGUGGACAAAGAACACGCAAGAAAAGGUGCCCUUAUUCCAAAUAUCAGAUUCGAGAACUUGAACGAGAAUUCUUCUUCAGUGUCUACAUAAACAAGGAGAAACGCAUGCAACUGUCUCGGAUGCUCAACCUCACCGAUCGACAAGUGAAGAUCUGGUUUCAAAACCGCCGCAUGAAGGAGAAAAAACUGAACAGAGAUAGAUUACAAUAUUACACAUCUAACCCUCUGCUUUAG